AUGGCCAGCCGCUCCUUCUGCAUUAAUCCUGGUGGCGGCAGCAGCAUGGUCAGGAACUUCAGCUCCUACUCGGCCGUGGUGGUGCCCAAGCCAGGGGCUCAUGGCUGCUUCAAUGUUGGGACUUUUCAUAGCAGCUUCCCUGGGUUGCUUGGCUAUAGGCACCUUGGGGUGUUCGGCAGCCGGAGCCUGUGUGCGGCGGGGUCACCGAGGAUGGCUGGGAGUUGCAAACGGCCCCUCCCCCAUGGCAGGGGCAGCUUUGGUUACCGAGCAGGGGGCCUCGGUGGGUCCGGCACCCCCUGCAUUACUGCCGUCACGGUCAAUGAGAGCCUGCUGACACCACUCAACCUGGGCAUCGACCCCAAUGCGCAGUGUGUGAAGCGCGAGGAGAAGGAACAGAUCAAGUGUUUGAACAACAAGUUUGCUGCCUUCAUUCACAAGGUCUCCUUCCUGGAGCAACAGAACAAGCUGUUAGAGACCAAGCUGCAGUUUUACCAGAACCGCCGGUGCUGUCAGAACGACCUAGAACAGCUGUUUGAGAGCUACAUUGAGUCACUGCGGCGGGAGGCUGAGUGCCUGGAGGCUGACAGCGGGCGGCUGUCCUCGGAGCUCAACCACGCGCAGGGAGUGCUGGAGGGCUACAAGAAGAAGUUUGAAGAAGAGCUGACCUCCCGGGCCACAGCAGAGAACGAGUUUGUGACACUGAAGAAGGAUGUUGACGGGGCCUAUCUGCGCAAGGCGGACCUGGAGGCCAACGUGGAGGCGCUGAGGGAGGAGAUCGGCUUCCUGCGGCGCGUCUAUGAGGAGGAAAUCUUCCUUCUCCACUCACACAUCUCUGACACCUCGGUGGUGGUGAAGAUGGACAACAGCCGGGAGUUCAACAUGGAUGCCGUGGUGGCUGAUAUCAAGGCUCAAUAUGACGAGAUUGCCAGACGCAGCCGGGCUGAGGCUGAGUCCUGGUACCAGACCAAGUGUGAGGAGAUGAAGGCCACAGUGACCCAGCAGAACGAGAGCCUCCGCAGAACCAAGGAGGAGAUCAACGAGCUGAACCGCCUGAUCCAGAGGCUGACGGCCGAUCUGGAGAACGCCAAGCAGCAGCGCGCCAAGCUAGAGGCAGCUGUGGCUGAGGCCGAGCAGCAGGGCGAGGCAGCCCUGAGCGACGCCCGCUGCAAGCUGGCAGGGCUGGAGGAGGCCCUGCAGAAGGCCAAGCAGGACAUGGCCUGCCUGCUCAAGGAGUACCAGGAGGUGAUGAACUCCAAGCUGGGCCUGGACAUUGAGAUCGCCACCUACCGCCGCCUGCUGGAGGGCGAGGAGCACAGGUUAUGUGAAGGCCUCGGCUCUGUCAACAUCUGUGUGAGCCGUUCCCAGGGUGGUGUGGUCUGCGGGGACCUCAGUCCCACCAUCACGCGUGGCCUUGGGGAUUUGACCAUCAGCCCUAGAGCUCUGUGCCCUCUCUCUGUCACGGGGGCCUACUCCAGUGCCAAGUCUGUGCGGUUCUCGUGA